GCUAUCCGCUGAAUUUUAACCGUUGUACCAAACAAGCCCUUCGCCUUAAGACAAGAGCUUCCAAAUCUUUCCUUCCUUUUUAAAACUGAUAACCAGACAUCACUCUCUAGAGAGAAUCGAGACCUGAAAACGCAAAAUGAUGGGAAAGGAUUUAAGCAAUGAUUAGGUUUUGUCAAUGAAAGAAGCCUUCACUCUCUUCGACACCGAUGGCGAUGGUAAGAUUGCUCCGUCGAAAUUGGGGAUCCUCAUGCGCUCGCUCGGGGGCAACAUGACCCAGGCACAACUCAAGUCCAUAAUCGUCGAAGAAAAGUUAAUGGUGCCUUUUAACUUCCCUCGGUUUUUGGAUCUCAUGGCGAAGCAUAUGAAACCUAAGCCAUUCGAUCGACAGCUACGCAAUGCGUUCAAGGUCCUCAAUAAAGAGUUCACCGGCCUCAUGUCCAUGGCGGAUCUGAGACACAUUUUGAACAGCAUUGGGGAGAAGCUAAAGCCGUUUGAGUUUGGUGACAUAGUGUUUAAAAAGAGCAGGAUUUUUACACGUCAGCCUCCAGCGUGUAAAAAAAUGACACACUAGCAUAGGCUAAAUGGAGAUCGUGACUGGUGAUGAUGUCAGCAGUUAAAUAAUGGGUGAUAUGGAUCAAUUGAUAAUUUUGAGGGGCUAAAUGUCCCUUCAUUUUUUUGAGGGUGAAUCCGUUCCUACCCAUGUUUUUUGUUAAAUACCCUUUUUGGUCCUUCUAUUAUAAGAAAAAGUCCUUUUUUUA